UAGACUGGGAGGAUGGAGUGAGGCAGAGGGAGGUGAAGAGAGAGUCAGGGUUGUGUGGUGACAUUGACAGUCUCUUCACUGUUUACUGAGAAACUGUUAGUAGACGUAUGUCUGAGUAACAAUUUACAGAAGGUUUGUGAGAGGCAAAUUUCAACCAAAAAAGGACCUAAUUUUAGACACUUUCGCAAUCUUGAAACAAGGAAGCUGCUUGCGGACCUGCGGGGAAAUUUCCAGUUCAUUUUGCGAUUAAACCUGUGGAAUAAUAGAAACUGAGUGUAAAACAAUGGAGAGGAGGGGAGGACAGAUGAGGACAAAGAGGACAGUUUCUCCUGUCUGCAUGCUGCUUCUGGCUCUGCUCCAAAUCACCACACCUUCCUCAGCUCAGAACAUCACCACUACCAUCGUCCCUGUCACCACCACCACCACCUCCACCUCAGCACCAAACCCUGCAGCUCUCAGUUACCGCACACACCCAGUGGACAUCAUAGUGGCAGUGGGAGAACCUGCAGUGUUUAGCUGUGGAGUACCCGAAACUUUUCCCAAUCUCACAUUCAUCUUCUACGGGAGUCACGGCAUUUACAACCUCACCUGUCCUUAUGGCCACGAGGAAGACAUCCCCCAGGCUCUCUAUGGAAGCUGUUAUGUGAAGAACGGAGAGUCACUGGCUGUGUGGACCCUCAGGGGAACCUCUUUCUCUGACAACGGCACACGAGUCAUGUGUCAGCAGUUAAACAAUCGUGAUACACCUGCUGCUGUCCUAUAUGUUUAUGAUAAUGGCUCUAGCUACGCCACUCUCAUCGGCUGUACCAUUGGGGGCUUCUUUGGGAUCCUGUUGGUGUUUGGAUUAUCUUACAUUACGCUGCAGAGAUCUGAGAGGUUCCAGAAGUGCUUCAGGGGAAAAGAUGAAGAUGAUCUGACCACAAUCGUAUCAAAAGACUAAAAGGAGACAGAAAGCUGAGGAAGACUUUUUUGAGCAAGAAAUGAUGAAGGUGUAAACAUACCCAGAGUUGGGCUCCCUUCACCUCCUAACCAUCAGAGGAUACAGCAGGAAUGAACUGUUUCUAUUUUGAAAUCCUUUAACCAGUCUGAGUGAAGCAUGAACUCCGGUCUGGGGAUGAUGAUGUUGGAAAUGUUUGAGGCCAGAUUCAAUCUCACCCCUGAUACUUUCACUUCCUUGUUCUGUCCUAAAUAAUUGAGCCUUGCACACACUAUCCACAGCCUAUCAGUCUUAAUUAACCCUUUAACCUUUAACCCUUCCCCACCUGUGCAAGGUCAAAGUUCAAUGAGAACAGUCUGCCCAUAUUAUUGGCCUAAGUGAAUUGUUCAACUAAAUAUUCAGUAGUUUUUGCCCACAUGUAAUCGAAACAGUAUGAGUGUUACUGCAGGUUGCAUAGCAGCAAUAAGUGGAAGCGGUGAAACUGUGAAAGUGCUAGAUAAGCAAGUGGUCAUAGAAAGAUUAGCUGCAGGCAGUCUGGGGUUAAAUAAGGAAUAGGAGAACAGCUUCUCUUUAUGUCAGUACUCUAUACCAAAAAACUGAGGGAGGUAAGGAACUUGCAGAUGGGUCUCAUUCUGCUUCGAAUACCAGGUUAGUCUGCUACACUUCCACCGUUUGUCCACUUGAGGGCAGCACUCACUGCAGAGACAACAAUCCAGUCAAUUCCUUCAACCCCACAGAGAAAAAUAUUCACUCUAAAAAUUAUUGUCAAUUACAAACACUAAAACAACCAUUUCUGCACUAUUUUGUCAAACGAAUCAAACUGUACAUGUAUAUGUUUUAUUUCUGUUCCUUUAUUUGAGAUUGUGACAUCCUGUUUUUUUGUUUCCUGUUGCAAGCUGCAGCUUGUUCAGCUGAUUCACAAGCACCUGUGCUGGCUUCUGGGCUGAGUCUGUGUAGGCAGGUGUUUUGUUCAGUGCUCUCUCUCCACCCUGCUGCAGCGGCACCUUUGAGGUGCUUGAUAAAUGCUUUUCAUUCAUUAAUGCAUCUGUUUCUAGAAACGUUCAUGUAGUAAACUUCUACACUAGUA